GGAUGAUAAUUUUCCGGGCCACGAGGGUUUUACCGUCACCCGCGCCAGCCGUUCUGCGUCGUACAGGAAUGACGAGGACGAUGGAAAUUUCUCCUCAACUACUAGCAACUACGGGGAUAGUACUGAUGUCUCUUGGGAUGAUGAAGAUGAGGAGUAUAACGUUAACGAUCCAGAGCAUAAUGGUCAACUCGACCAAGACAGCAGCAGUGCCGCCGGCCUUUCCUCGGUUAACAGUAGUCGACAGGGGUCCAGAGAACUUGUGUUGCGGAACUUCAACGGAGCUGUAGAUGGCACUGAAAUUGAACUGUCAACACACGGCACAACAUCAACAACGAAAGCCGAGCCACGGAGAAGUAAAAGGCACAUGAAACGGAUGAUGUCCCCUGAGUCGCAUUUGCUACUCCCGGACGAGGGACGAAACAAACAAAAAGUUGGAGAAGGAACACUCUCAGGCGCUGGCUCUUCGACCCUCCUCCGGCGUGAAACGAGUGCGACUUCCAGUGCAAGUAGGUUCUCAACUGUAGAGCACGACUCGGUCACCCAAAUGAACUGUCAACCUCUCCCGGUUUCCCGUCGGGGUGGAUUGAUUCUCUAUUCCGCAAAAGAGCAAAUGGCCGUGAAUCUCCUGCCGACAUUUUUCGGCCGAGGCGAGCUGAUUUCUCAUUUGAGCAGCGCCGGGAAAUUAUCGGUCGAGCGGUUUUUGCCCUGGGAAUUCUACGAUCAAAGUAGUGCGACCGGCGUCGGUGGUGCUGGCGCUGCAGGGAAAGAGCAUGACGACCCAACAAACGCUAGUAAAACGACAGGCGAGCGGUACUUCCAAGCAGCGCAGGGUCAGUUGCUCCGCGGUCUAGGGGCUGUUGGGGACGACGGUCAAAAACAGCACGCGUCUUUCAGAACAUCAUCUUCCGAAAGCAGUUCCAGC